UUAUCUGCCUCUCGCCCCCAACCGCGUGCGCUCCACGCCUCCUCUCCUCGCCAGGGAAGAGAAAGGUGAGCCCCAACAAACGCUUCCCUUUCCCCCACCCCCCUCUCUCUCCCUGGAUUCAAUACGUCUCGUUCUUAGUCCUAGGAUUUGGGGAUCUGGAGGGGUUCGAUCGCGCCUCGCCGCGAAUUUGCUUCUGGGGACGAACGGAUCUCGGAUCGUCUUCUCCGGGAGCUUCUUAAAGACCAAUAAAUCAAAGCGUGAUCAGCUCGGUGCCAAUCAAACCUCAACAACCAAGUUUCAUGUCUGAUCUCGACGUCCAGCUUCCAUCUGCCUUCGACCCGUUUGCUGAGGCAAAUGCUGAGGACUCUGGUGCUGGCCCGGGAACAAAGGAUUAUGUGCAUGUGCGCAUCCAGCAACGCAACGGCAGAAAGAGUCUGACUACUGUUCAGGGACUGAAGAAAGAGUUCAGCUACAACAAGAUCCUCAAGGAUCUCAAGAAGGAAUUCUGCUGCAAUGGUACUGUUGUCCAGGAUCCAGAGCUAGGCCAGGUCAUUCAGCUUCAAGGCGAUCAGCGUAAGAAUGUUGCCACUUUCCUAGUUCAGGCUGGGAUUGCAAAGAAGGAGAACAUCAAGAUUCACGGGUUCUAAGGGACCUGUAAAUGCUUGUGUGCGCUAUUGCGCGUUACCGCUUAUUCGGAAGCUUGAAGCAGUGAUAUUAUAGUUACUGCUUUCUAUAACAACAUAAGUAUUGUGCUAUUAUCAGUGUGUUUUGCUUGAUGCAAGUUGUGUUUUCUCCUCAUUAUGCGCCACCAGCAUAUGGGUAUGGCUUGUAUGGAAUAUUGUUGCCACCUUAAUAAAAGUACUCCCUGUUUGGUUAUAA